CCCAACAUCCAUAAAGGGUUCAGUUUUAACCCUUACAGAUGAAAUGAGCUGAAUUUCUGUCUAAAUUUGACUCCUCUUAAUCCCCAGAGUUUGAGUAGAUGUUCAGCACAUCCACGUGCUCAUGCUCCAUCAUUUGGUCACAUGGAUGAGCAGAGGGACGCGCACAGAGGAGCUCUCAUUAACUUGAGCACUCUGCGGUCACUCUGGCACCACCGCUGGUCUCCUCCGCCUUCUCGUCUCUUUUCAUUCUUGAGCACACGCUUCUGUUGAGGCUCUUCAUUGCUUUUUUCCAACAUGGAAGCUGUGGCGCUUUUCUCAUUCUCUGCGUCAGAGGGAGAUGAGCUCAGUUUCCAGAAAGGAGACAUUGUUAAGGUGGUAGAAAUGGAGGAGGAUUCUUACUGGGUCAUAGCAGAGAUUCAAGGAAAGCGAGGCUUUGUGCCUGUGAACUACAUUUCCCUCCUUCCUCAUCCGUGGUUUGCAGGAGCAGUAUCAAGGCUUGAAGCUGAACAGCGUCUUCGCUGGCAGGUCACCGGAGUCUUCCUGGUUCGAGAGAGCGAAUCAGCCCCUGGAGAGUUUUCCUUCUCCGUUAGCUAUGGCGACAGGGUGGAACAUUUCCGAGUUUUGGAAGGGGGCGGCCAGUACUGCAUCUGGGAUAAAGCGUUUUGCUCGCUGAACCGCCUGGUAGAUUUUUACCGAACGCACAGCAUCGCUGUGGAGAAGGUGGUGUGCCUCAGGGACGCACCCUCAUCUCCUCACCUCCAGUCACAUCCCGCCCGUAACCCUUAUCCCAGCCCGCACAGGCACAGCUCUCAGGAAUCCCUCUGCUCGGCUCACCUCCACCCUCGCCCCUGUCACCCUGAGCGAGACUCCUCUCUGAAUCUGCAGAAGCCCUUUCUGGAGAUGCCCCAUCUGGCUAACGCCCUCUGCGACUACACGCCCGGUCAGACCACACACCUGCACUUCCUGCGCGGGGACGUCAUCGAACUGUUGGACUGUUCCAGUUCCCUGAGCUGGAAGGGGCGCUGUCGAGGCCGGGUGGGGAUCUUCCCGCCCAAAUGCGUGCACCCUCUGUACCAUUAACACUACGCUACUACUUACCAACGUGAGUCUAGAUCAGGGGUCUACAACCGAGGCUCCGGAGCCACACAUGGCCCUUUUACCUCUCCAAUGUAGCUCUUUGGCUAGCUUUGGUUAGCUUUAGCUUUGGUUAUUUUAUUUUAUUUUUUUGUCAUUUAUUUUUAGAUUUUUCAACAAGUUAGAUAACCAAGCAAAGUUAUGGUAAACAGUUUAAUUUAUUGUCCACAUAUUCAUCUGUUGCAGCACGAGGAUCCUUUUUGACACAGGGUUCGUUUUAUUUUGAAAGGAACUUGGAUGUGCUGUUUGCUAUUUAAAAAAAUAUAACUGUUUUCAUUCAAUUACUUUAAAAGAAAAAUCACAUUUUAUAAAUCAAAAAAUCUAAAUGGCCUCAAAAAUGUAAUUAAAAUAGUAGUUAUCUAAGCAUAAAUAGAACUCAGCAGCUCUCGCUGGGUUCUGGACAGUAAGAAACUUGACCCAAAUGACUUUUUCAGCAUUAAAGGUUGCAGAUCCCCGCUCUGUCUAAUAUGUGAAGUUAUUAGUUAACACAAAACAGAUUCAGAUUUAGAGUGUAGGUGAGGUUUUUCAGUAACCUACUAGAAAAAAAAAGAAUGUUUUGAAUAAAAAGAUUGUUUCAAAAAAGAGACCUAAAAACAUGUAAUCAGUCCACACAUUUCCAGUUUUCUAACUGGAAAAGACAAGAUACCGGUAUAAAAGAUCCUUAAGCUUCAAAAUUUACGUUCAACUCCAGUUACGUUCAAGGUUUAUCUUUUUGUUUUUGUCAUACCUCAGUGCUCCUCUUGUCCGUUCAUGCAUAACAAUCUAAAAAAAAACGUAACAUAGUUGCAUAACGACACAAAGACAGCACUCAUACUUGAUUAGUUAGGAAUAUUUAGCUCUAAUUUACUUAGUGGGUGCUAAAAUGAUAUCAGAUAAACAGAUUAUUGAACACAUGGAUGUAGAAUUAAAAAUGGGAUUUUGUCAUUGUUUGAUUUAGUUCAGGUUUGGUGUAAACACUGCAAAUUUGAGUCUUAUUUGACUUUUUUUUUUUUACCUAUAUUUCCCAUUUCUGUUAAAGACGUUUGUCUUUUUUAGUGCAUUUAGAUAAUUUCUGACAAUACAAAAACUGUUGUACCCUUUAAAUAAAUCCCAUCUCUGUAAUUCACAUCACUGUUUCACAUCCUCUGUUUGUCAUCUUAUCUUUCUGUCUGUAGCAAAUGCAAUUAAAGAGUAC